AUGUCAGAAUAUUCGCAUGAUUCCAAUACUUCUAAUUAUAGUGAGGAUGAUAGUUUGCGUGAUUACAGCGACAAUAUGUCGACUGAGAAUCUUCCUCGAUGUCGAAGUCAAAAUUCAAUAACAACAUCAACUACAGAAAGUGGGCUAAGAGAAGAUAUGACAAAAAUAUGUAAAGGUAAAUUAAUACGAGGUGGUGGACACAUGAAUAGACGACAGCGUCGAGAAUACGUAGUUUUGACGACAAACUUAGUAUUAGGAUUCAAGAGUUAUCGACGUGCACACGAAUAUUUUAACACAAUAGAUGGAAAUGAAAAUUCAAAAGUGCCUAUGAAAUAUAUAUUAUUUGAUCUGUAUGAUGUAUUGGCCGUACAUACAUCCUCAAGUCGAUUACAAAUCAAAAUUGACUAUGAACAUCAUAACCCAAAUGAGGAAAUUCGAGUUCUACGUUACGUAACAUUUACAGCAGAGAAUGCCGACGAACACCGGAAAUGGCUCAUAAAUUUAUGUAAAACGAUACGACCUCGUACCUCACGCCCAAUCAUUAUUUUGCCUCAGCUUCAGACAAAAGUCUCCGAUACAUUAAUGUUACAAGCCGAACUACCAGAAAGAUCAGAGAAAUUGGUGAUGUUCCGUGUAAUGGCUGCGAAUAAAAUUCAUGAAGAAAGGCAAAUUGUCACUUUGGCUUUGGGAAAAAAUAAUCUUUUUAUUUUCUCUUUAAAUAACGAGGUACAACAAAUUGGAUUACUAUCGAUAUCUCAUAUAAUUUUGGAAGGUCAAGAUGAUACUAUACAAUUGACAAUACGAAAACCGUAUGAAAAAUCACAAACCAUAUAUAUUGCAUCAUCUGCAUGCGAAUUAAUCCUACGGGAAAUUCAGACGGCAAUUAAAUCUCUCACCCCUUGGUAUAAACAACCGUUAUAUCAAAUUGAUGUUCCUUCCCCACUAACGAUAAAAAGUGGAUCGCUAACAAAAAAAUCCGAUUAUGCUACUUCUUCAGAUGGAGGAUUUAAUCGAUUAUUGGAAGCUUUUUGUAAAUCAUAUGGGGUUAAACGUGAGCGUAUAUCGGUUAAAAUAACAAAAUCGAAUCUUGUUGCUUUUCAAAAUGGCUCAAAUUCAACUAAAGCUAAUGGAGUUGAACCAGCCAAUGAAAUAUCUCCUCCUGGCAUACGAAUAACAAUUCUUGCUCCAAAUAUUAAAUAUACUGCAAAUGAAUUACUGGCUAUUUUGCGUGCAAUGAGACACAACUUAUUGAUUCAUGAAAUAAUCUUCAAAUGUGGAAGUAUAACUGCGUUGGAAACAAUCGAUCCAUAUUCUGAUCAAUCGAUUGAUCAAGAUCAAAUCGCAGCAACAAUCUUUCCAAAUACACCGAUGAAUGUUUUGCUAAUGGAACUAUAUUACAUAUUAUCGGGAAGUACCACACUAAUCAAAUUGGAUCUCUCAAAUUGUAAUAUCAAAAGUUUGGAAUCUACCGCCGCAGGAACAUUAUCUGCGAUUGGAGCUGCGCUCAAAUCACAAAGAACCGGGAUUGAAAUGUUGCAUCUUGGCGGUAAUCAAAUAUCUUCUCGAGAUAUUUCAUUAUUAGUACAAGGAAUUCAAGUACACAACAAACCAAUCAAGGUUUUGGAUCUUUCUUCAAAUAGCUUACGUGAAGAGGCUGUUAAUAAUGUGCUGGGAAAUUUACUUACUCGAUUUCCAACGGGACUCGAAUUGCUUGAUCUCAAUGGGAAUUAUUUGAAUAUUGAAACCCGUCUUCUUAAUAAUAUAUUUAUGCAUUUUCGAUCAAUUCGUGUAUUACGACUCGGUUAUUCUCUAAAUCCAAAUUUCAUUCUUAAUUUACCCAAAAUUAAGAUAAACACGAUAACCGACCUCGUAUUUUCUGGGACAACAAUGUCUCCAAAUUCUGCUCUCAUGAUUGCUGAAUACAUAGGCAGCGGUAAUAUGUCGGCAAAUCUGAAGACAUUAGCUUUGGAAAAUUGCAAUCUAUCCGGCGAGAAUAUUUCUAAAAUUUUGGAGGCAAUAGCACAGAAUAAGCGGCGUGAUAUCCGAUUACUGGCUGGCGGAAACCCAAUUAAUCAAACUACUCCGGAUUUCGAGAAAUUCUCUAACUGUGUCGCAAAUGAUAAGACACCUAAUUGGCUUGGUUUAUCGCGUGUAAAAUGGAGUGAAUCACAACUCCGCACUUUUCUAGAGAGCUUGUGUUCAAAUCAAGUCAUCAAUGUUUUGGAUCUUUCAUUUCCAAUUUUGGCAUGGGAGAUUGAUGAUACGACCGCCGCAUCAUUUAGAAAAGUGCUGUCUUCUCAGAAUAACACUUUGCGUGAAUUGAAUCUUGCUGGUGAAGAUGUUUCCGCUACUAACGCAACAACGAGAGAUUAUACGCGUUUUGGUCCGAAAUUGGGAAAAGCAUUGGAUGGAUUAAAGAAAAAUACUACAUUACAAAAAUUAGAUUUAACAGGCAAUCAUUUUGGUGAUGAAGGCGCUAGAAAGCUGAGUAACUCGUUACGCGAAAACACAUCACUCCGAGAAAUAGGAAUAGAUGACAAUUUGAUCGAAGGCUCCGGCUUUGUCAACCUCUGUGUUUCUAUUGCAACCAAUAAGACAAUCAUCUAUAUGUCAGAACCGAAAGAAGAUCUCAAGAAAUAUAUUGCAGCUCGCACGAUUGAUCUUGGAUUACUAACACGUGAGGAAUCUGCGAUAGAAUUCUCGUAUAGGGGUGCUGGCUUUUUCGGAAGAAGGGAAUUAAAAGAAAAGUUGGCGAUUUGCCGUACAGGAAGAGAAGCCACGGAGCAAAUGAUCACAAAAAUCGAUAAGAUGAUGAAAGAGUCUCAAGCAAAAAUUAAUGCAAAUCGUAGAGAAAUGCAGCAGUCGUCUUCAAUAACACCUGCUGCUACUAUAGAUGUACGAGUCAAUGGAACGAGUUGGGGAUAUGCUGAGACAGAGAAUGCCUCGGCAAUUGGAGUUAAUUUGGUCGUGUCAAGAAGAACUUCCUCGGGAAAUGUAUCACAAAUUGCAUCAGUCCGUUUACCGCAACAUAGUAAUCCGGUAAUGGAUAGUGGAAGUAAUCCGGUAACGGGUAAUGGAAGCACAACCCUGACACGAGGAAAUAGUUUAUGA